GAGAGAAAGAGAGGCAGGGAGCUGAAGCUUACGGGGAGGGCGAAGGGCUUGCUUGGCCGGGCGGAGGCUGGAGCCGCCUCGCCCAACCCCCGGAAGUCUCCCCGGCAGCUGCCAGCGAGCGAGGCGGAGCUGCCUUGCCGCAAGCGCCGUUUUCUUUCCGCCACCCUCCUCCCCAUUGCCCGGGCAAUAUGGUGGUUGGUAAGGGUGGCGCCGGCGUUUUAUGAGGGCGUGCAGCAGCAGCAGCAGCCGCCGCCACCCAGCUUGCCUGCCUGGAACAAGCCCCGCCCAGCCCCGCUUCCCCCUCGACUCUCCGCGCGCCCUCCCAUGCUGCUGCUUCCUGCCUCGGUCGCCCGCGGGCCAUGCGGCUAAGAGCUGAAGCCAUCCCCUUCUUCUUCUUCUGCCUCCGCCUUCUCCUCGGCGGCAGCUCCUCCAGCGCGUAGGGAAGGGAACGCGAGGCGGCUUCUGCAUGUGGCUGCUGCGGGGUUCCUGGUGAGGGGAGCACGAGGCAUCCAAGAGACGGCCAAGAAGAUGUUGCUCUCGCUGGUGCUGCACACCUACUCCAUGCGCUACGUGCUGCCCGCCGCUGUGAUGAUGGGCACCGCCCCCACCUUCUUGUUGGCCUGGGGAGCCUGGCGCCUGCUCUCCGCCCUGCUGCCCGCCCGCUUCUACCACGAGGUGGAUGACCGACUAUACACCAUCUACCAGAGCAUGGUGCUCUUCUUCUUCGAGAACUACACCGGCGUACAGAUAAUUCUCUAUGGUGAUUUACCAAAAACUAAAGAGAAUGUGGUGUACAUAUCAAAUCAUCAAAGUACAGUUGACUGGAUUACAGCAGACAUGUUGGCCAUCAGGCAGAAUGCUCUUGGACAUGUUCGAUAUGUUUUGAAAGAUGGGUUAAAAUGGCUUCCUUUGUACGGGUGGUAUUUUUCUCAGCAUGGCGGAAUCUACGUGAAACGUGCCAAAUUUAAUGAAAAGAAAAUGAGGAGCAAGCUACAAACUCAGUCUAAAGCUGAGACUCCAAUGUAUCUUGUGAUUUUUCCAGAGGGAACACGUUACAAUCCAGAACUACUAAAAGUCAUUGCAGAUAGUCAAUCAUAUGCUGUUAAGGAAGGACUUGCAGUGUUAAAGCAUGUUCUUACACCACGGGUAAAGGCUACUCAUGUUGCUGUUGAUUCUAUGAAAGACUAUAUAGAUGCAGUUUAUGAUGUUACAGUGGCCUAUGAAGGCACUUUGGACCCCAAAGGACAAAGGAAAGAUGCACCAACCAUGACAGACUUUCUUUGUAAUAAGUGCCCAAGAAUCCAUAUUUAUGUUGAUCGAAUUGAACUAAAGGAUAUUCCAGAAGAACAGAAGUAUAUGAGAAGAUGGCUUCAUGAACGUUUUGAAAUCAAAGAUAAGUUACUAAUAGAAUUUUAUGAUGCAAAAGAUUCAAAAAGAAGAAACAAGUUCCCUGGGAAAUGUGUUCAUUCCAAACUAAGUCUCAAGAAAACAUUGCCAUCCUUACUGUUUUUAAGUGGCCUGACUGCUAGUAUGCUACUGACAGAAUCUGGAAGAAAACUUUACGUAAAAACAUGGAUAUAUGGGACUUUACUUGGCUGGCUGUGGGUCAGUGUUACAGUGUAAGGAGAUUCGGCACCUGCAGUCAGUGACGUUACUGUUCUAUCUUGCACAUCACAUCAAACUCUUUCUUGAAUUUAUAAAGAAGUGUAAAUAAAGCCUUAUUAAUGGCACAUUGGGUGACCUGGGACUUGUGACCUAAACCCACUACAGUUGGUGUGGGGGGAUAUGGAUAUGUAAUUCUAAAAUGGGCUCCUGAUUUUUGCAGAAAAAGCAGCAGAUAACCAGAGUUAUGUUUAACACACACACACACACACACACACACACACACACACACACACCAUGAAAAGAUAUCUAUCUUCACAUGAUUAACAGAAUAUGUGAAUGUAUUUACUGAUAUUACUUUAGGCUUAUAUGUAUUUAUUCCUGACCUGCCUUUUCUUUGUUGUUCUUUAGUUCACUGCAGCAACAUAUGACAGCUGCAUCACAAACUAAAAACCAAAGCUAAUAUCUACCAACUUAAAAAAAAUAAUCUGAAUAUGUUUCUCAAACUUCCAAAGAAAGUGGUAGAACAUGAAAUGCUAUGUAAAAAGGUAGGGGUCAAAAACUGUUCUUGGGGAAAUGAGUUUAAUGGAUGCAUGAUCUUUGGAUUGCGUUAUAUUAGGAGCUGAGUUUAGUUUCUUUCUUUUUGCAAAAUGUUUAUUCGCAAACUGCUUGUUUUCUUUAAUUGAACACCCUGUGUUGGUAUACAUGAUUAUAUGGGAUAUGUUCAUAUAUUAACACUAAUUGGGGCUAACAGUUCUAACCUAUGUUCUAAACUUUGCUAGAUUCCCAGAAGCUUGCUGGAACACUUCAGCCAAGCGAUUAGUUAACUUGCAAUAUGUGUGCCAUAAACAGUGGUAAACAUUCCAAAGUUUCCUAUUACCUCAGGACUGCUUCACACAGGAUAUUUUCCCCUACAUAGAGAUAAUGGCUGUGUAGGAAGUCAUACAGGUGGAUAUUUUGCUGCAAAUACCUCUGUUGGACAACAGGGAAUGGGGAAGAGAAUGUCUUGGGUGAUUUGGCCCUUGGUCAAAUGGAAGCCAAUGGAUGUGAACUGCAGAGAGCAAUGCUGCUAUGCAGCUAAGAGUGUAUUGUGUGGUAACAAGCAACAUCCAUGUGUUCUUGCCAAAAUGUAAAAUAUGUGCCUUUUUGUCUACUGAUUUUGAAUUUCACCUAACAUUUCACAGUCAGAUCAUUAACAUGGUAAUUUUGGAAUACUUCCAAAGCUUUCACUGGAUGUGCACUUAUGAUGGACUGAAAACUUUGAGCUUGAGAUAUGCAGUUUGCACUGUAGAAUAAUAGUGAGAGAUGGAUGUUCUAUUAAUAUUUCACCUGCUUGGAAAUGCAUUUUGCAUUAAUCCAGUGAUUCUUGUGGCUAUUUGGUGAUAUAUUGGGAGUAUUAUUUCCUAGUGAUAAGGGGCUAAUAGUUCUGUACCAAGCGGAGGAAGGUUUUAUUUCAUAUUUGUUGUUUUUAUAUUUUAAAAAGCCCAUCAGAAUUCCAUCACCAAAAUGAAAGCUGUUAGAGGCUAUUUUUAUCUUUUUGAAUUUUUCAUAUGCAGUUUCUGUUGGCUUUAAGGGAGCUUGGAAUUGUUUAAGGCCCAACAUGAACUAAAACUGAGUGUCCUAGAUUUUUAAAAUAUUAAAUGUGUUUGGUUCUAACAAGAAUGAUUAAGCUAGACCUUGUUCUUGUGUAUUCCUCUUAAAAUUGUGUAGUUUACUUGCAAAGUUUCAUUUGAAAAAUUAAUCCUCUUUGUCGUUCAGCCUUUCAGCUAUGCAUCCUGGUUGCUUGUGUUGACUCUCUGGUUAAUGAAAGAAUUUGUUGAUCUAUCCAAAAUAUCAGAAAUGAAAACAGCAUAUUGAGUCAGUUCAGUUCACCAAACUGUGGUUUGGUCAAGAAUGCAAUCUGAAUCCUUUUGAGCCCACGUGCUCUCUCCUACCCCUCUGCUUACCACCUUCUGUGUUCCUUUCUUCAAAUCACAGCUUGUACAAACCCAGAAGCUGUGGUUUAACUACAGUUCACAAACCCAGGUUCAAAUCCUGGUUCAUAAACUGUAGUUAAACUACAGCUCCCAGGUUUGGACAAGCAAAGGUUGUGAAAUGCAGAAGAAGCCCUCUCUAAUGGCAAAGCAUGUGGUGGUGUCAUUCACUAUUCCUGGACCUGGGAAAUGCCUUUCAACUUUAAUGUCCAGAUCAACAUUUUUUAUUUUUUAUUUUUGUUUGCCUAUCUUAACAGUCCAGAAACCUAAGAAUAACUUUCAACUCUACAGUGAAAACAAACUGCUUAAUUUCAAUGAGGCAGAACAAUUGUUUGGAGAUUUAAUAACUAAAGACUUUUGACUGUUCCUAAUGCCAGAUUAUCUGGAACACAAAUCAUCCUCCUCUUGAAGCUUAUUUUAAACUUAAUAUUUUUGGCAUGCUGAGAUACAUAACUUCCCCACAAUUCAUUUAUUUUAAAGAUGCUAUUUGUUUGAAGCAUUGGCUGCUAUUGCAGAACAUGUGCAGAUGCUUUUUAAUUUUAAAAAGCAAUAUGGCAAGUGAACAUUUUGGGUCUUUCUACUUCUUGUUUCUGAACUUUUAAAUGUCAGUGUAUAGUUUAGUGUAUAAUACCCUACAUGCAUGUGUCAGUGUUGUCUUUAGUCUGAAAGAUUUGGGUCAAUAAAAGAAAUAUCCUUGUGUGUCAACUGCUAAGACACUUGAGAUAAAACCAUUACAGGCUGGUUUUAUCUCACCCUGCAAGACCUCAGGACAGGAAAGUACAGAAUGUGGUCCCAGUGUUUAUCUUAUUUUCUGGUCCUUUUUCCCAAAGAAGAUAUUUGAAAGGGUGUGGAGCAGCAGUGCCUGCUGAAAUCUGUCACAAAGGAGUUUGAAUCAGAUUUUCAGUAGUUGGAGUAGAGCUUAGGUGCCCUUUUCAAUUCCUUGUCUGUCCCUAGGAUUAGCAGAAUCUGAUUUGGCAAAUCUGCUCAAUUUGAGUAAUUUGUAGAGAUCAUGGAAAUGGCUUCUCUUGAUCUAUGUGUGUUCAAGGGUAGUUUUUGUGUGUGUUUGGUUUGGGUUUUUUGCAUGUAGCCCUGAUUACAGGUGAAGGAUUGUAAUCUGCAGGAUUUUCAUCAGAGCAUGCUGGUGUUUAACAAGCCACUCAUUUCUCCUCUUUCCCCAUGAGGUAGCACUCUUUCUCCCACCCCCAUAGUUUUCACAAAUUGUGAAAUUGACCUAUUGGUCUGGCUGCAUAUGAAGCAAUGCGGUUCAGUGAGAAAAUAUGCUUAAAAUAAGGAGUGUACACAGCACGUUUGAACUACAGUGUUAAUUUUUCUUCUUAAGUAACUGAGCAGGCAUUCAUAUCCCAGGGUGCGGCUCAGUAUAAAUCUUUUCAUUGUAAUCUAGGAUUUGUACACUGCCUAGAGAUUUACAUAUCAGGCGGUAUAAAAAUAUGAUAAAUAAAUAAUAAUAUCCCAGCCUAGAGGAAUUAUAAUUACCUGUGUAAGUAGGGAGGCAUCACUAGAUCAAAAAGGAAGGAAUUUCAAGUAGCCUAAAACAAGAUCUCUAUCUGCCUAUAAGACAUCAGAGAAAGGAGGAGAAAUGCUAGAAACAGACAAUGCUAUGGUACCAAUGCUAUGGUGCCUAGCUGAAAUACAAGAACCAGAAUAUGUGGUCUCCUAGAAUUGGGGUACUUAUGGCAAGGAGUGACCCAGAGCACAUGCAAGCAUGGAGGCACAGGAGUUGCUUUUUCAUGGUGAGUGAUCCCAUGUGAGAAUCAAGCAACCAUGAGGGUGCAGCCAAUUGUGGGGGCUUCAACCCCACUGGGGAUCACUUCUCUUAAAGAAAGAGAGAAGUGAUCAUGUAGGAAAGACCCACAUGAUUGUCCCCAUCCACAUUAUUGCUUGAUUCAUAAAUACUUCUGAGAAGCAUGGGAUUGUACCAUGAGAAAGCAGUUCCUUGUUGCUGCAAAUUCAUAUUAAAAGAGCUCUAAGGACUUUGGUCCUAGGUGGCGUUUUGAAGGGUGACAGGUUUAGUUUCUGCUCUGUUGUAGAGUGGAAUGGAACAGAAAUUCCUUGGUGCUUGGAGCAAAUCUCAACAUUUUCAUGUUUCACAUCUAUAAAAGGUGACUGUGACUGUUUCAAAAGUAUUGGUUCACUCGAGAUUCUUAUGUUUAUCUGAAUGAACAAAGGCAUAUUUAGAACAUAAAUUGUAAAUGUGUAAUGAAAGCAGCUAGUGAAAUGAUUUUUGCCUUCUGUCAAUCUGCGAAUUGUUCCCUGUGCCUCCCCGCCCCAUUGCUAAUGCAAUAGCAGAGGGGAUUUGCAUGGAGGAACCCAGAAGCCUCAUGCUCCCCACCUUCUGCGUUGCUUUGCAAGAUGUGGAGUUUGGGGUUUUUAUUGACUGCACCUUGGACAGUGUUUCACUUCUUGAGCCAGCAUUCAUGUCCUGUUCUGCGUGCACUGAGCCUCUCUGCAGUUGUGCUUCAGCCGCUGCUCACGACCCUUCAGAUUCCACAAACCUGAUCUGCCGUAGGUGAAGUUGCCCUUGCAGUCAACAAGGAAAACCCGGACAGAAUUACUCAGCACAGCAGCUGCCUUCCUCCACGGUGGUAUUGCUAAUCAAAAAGAUGUGGGAUGGUUGUGCUCUGCAGUUGCCACCUGCUACUUUGCUUACUGAAAGGUUUAACGGGGGUGGGGUGCAGCUGAAGUGGAAAGCCCAGAUGAAAUGACAUGGACUAAGAAAUGGCUGGUUAGGGUAGUUUGAGAGCACAGGGUGUGUAUGCUUAUGAACUGCCCCGCUAGCCUUACUGAAUUCAGCUUGUAACUGGGUGGGCUGGGACCUGCUACCUUACCACACCCAAUACAGAACUGGGUUGCCAAAGAGGCAUUGUCAAGUGGUGGAGUUGUGGCUGGAUAUCCUUGCCUCUCUGGCUGGCACUUCUGAAGCAACAGCACUGCUUCCAAAUUCCAGAGCAUUUGCCUAGGCAGGAUGAGGUGGGAGGUAUUGUUGGGUGGUCCAUAGGGGCCUGGGUGCUGCCGGCACACCACUGGCCUGGACACACUCCAACCAGGAAGUGCAACCAGGAUGAGGCUUCUUCUUUAAUCCUUCACUCACCUCGGCUUACACCAAGGUGUCAGGUGCAAGGCCUGACCUUGCCGUGGCCAUCAUGGGUGUGGGGGUUGUCCCUUGGGGCAAUACCCUUGGCUUGGAGGAUGGUGGAUCUAAGUCUAGUGUGUGCCACUUGAUGGUUCCCAGUAGUGCUGGGUAGGAGUGCACUACUUUAGGUUCCCGGGGCUCUGCUCUCCAGCUUCCUUGGAUACAUCAGACACCUGUUAUAUGAUGAUUUGGUGUUUUUAAUUAUUCAAUAAAGUUCAGCCAGCUUAUUGCUGGUGCCCUUUCUCCAUA